CGAGUACAGGACAUCCAGGUCCCCCUUGUCUACCGCUGCCACUAUCCUCUCCACUCAUUCUCUCAUCAAGGCGCUUACACUCUUUUACGUGUCGGCAGAACAAGCUCAGCAUAUCCCAUAUCAUUAUCAUCGUCGUUGAGAAAAGUCUGUGACGACAAAGUAAACAAAUCGUAAACACAAGGUCUCGACUACCCGAUCGUCGUGAUAGUCGUCGCAAGCGACCAUGGCGACUGUAUCAAUGCCUAGACAGCCUUUCGGAGUGCUGGACAGUCCUCGUCUGGCUCAUCUGUCUGGAAUCAAGAACCGCCAGAAUGGCAUCAAGACUCCUAGUCCCUUGUCUGGCAAGACAAAGAUGGCAGUUCCGACCUCAUCACCUAGUCUGAAGCCUUCUGCGAAACGCCGUCUCACUCCUUCCUUUGACGCAUUCGAUGCACAAAACGACGACGCCGAGAAUGUGAAUCCGAACAUGUUCCUCUCACCUAUGAAGCGUACCAAGAUGGAGAUGCCCUCAAUAUCACUCAAACCUCAAGCGUCAAGCACACUACCAUCCUCAUUCAACUUCACCUUCAACCCUACAAAGACGACACCUACAACAUCCAUGCCUCCUCCAUCCACCGUUCCUUCCCGUCUCACCACCCCGAUGAAGUACUCUGGCGUGACCAAGUCGUCGACAAGAACACCACUCACCGCGCCUGCCGGAAGAUCUCCCAAAUCAAAGCGCGACCGUCGCAGACUCAGCGCUCAUACUCCCAUUACUCGCAUCGACCCUGCCACUCUCUCCCGAUCAACUGCUCGCACUGGACUUCCCUUCAGCAUCGAUGCCGCUCUCACCGCCUCGUUGAAGGCUCCUGCGCCCGCCGCUGCCCCUCUGUCAAAGCCUGUAUCAUCAAUCGAAGAUUCAAUGCCCAGUUCAUGGUUCUUUGCGAUUCAUGAAGACACUGCCGAGGAGGAGGCCGAGAACCUCAUGGAACACUCCACAUUGACUUUGGACCUCUCUUCUGAUGACGAGUCUACCACGAAAGCCAACGAAGACAGAGGAAAGGAAAAUGUAGCGCCCGCCGACUACGACCCCAUCGCUUCUUCUUCACCUACUCGCCGUUCUCGUCGCUUGGCAAAGUCAGCUGUUGACAUGGACACUGACGACGAGAAACGUGCUCCUCUUGGCUCUCUUGACACAAUCGAGUUCAUUCCAGAGGGCCUGACGAAAGAGUCGAUCGUCAUCCUGCACGAAGCUUCCGAAUCGUGCACUCUGGAGGCACCUCUCAAGAAGGAGAACACCAAGUUCACUCCACCUGUCAUCGUCUCUCCACCCAAGCAAUUCGGUAUCGCCGAUGCUAAGGACGACAUCUUCAUCUUCGAAGAUGAGUCUGCCAGCCCUGCUCUCUCUACAGGCGGAAAGCGUAAGAGAUGCGCCGACGAUGAUGAUGAUGAUGAGUGAUGAUAUUCAUCGCUUGCAUUGGUGGAGAGUGUAGUACGACGAUGUGAAAACAAAGCAACAUGGCGUACUUUUCGAGUUUCGAUUAUCGAGCAUUUUUACCGAAGCGGGUAUGAUUACGACGGCAUUCUGGCGUACAUUUCAUUUCUUCUGUUUGAUCAUGGCAUGGAAGGAGAUGGGAUAUGUUUUGGAGUUUGUUCAUGUUUCGGACUUUCGGUUUCUUUUUCUUGCUUUUGCCUCGAUAUUAUUAGUAGCGUUGCCUGGUAGCACAUUCGUUCUUUAGAUUAGCUUAGCUGUAGCAUCAACAAUCACACGACAGCAAUAUUUUUAUG